UGUUGGCUCGGUUGUUAUGACUGACCGAGGCCUCGGACUAAAUUAGAGCGAAACCCCCGCCGCCGCCCCGGGACACCCGCCAUGGAGGGCAUGGACAUAGACUUGGACCCGGAGCUCAUGCAGAAAUUCAGCUGCAUGGGCACCACCGACAAAGACGUGCUCAUCUCCGAGUUCCAGAGGCUGCUGGGCUUCCAGCUGAACCCCGCCGGCUGCGCCUUCUUCCUGGACAUGACGAACUGGAACCUGCAGGCGGCCAUCGGUGCUUAUUACGACUUUGAGAGCCCCAACAUCAACGCGCCGUCCAUGUCGUUUGUGGAGGAUGUAACGAUCGGGGAGGGCGAGUCUGUGCCCCCGGACACACAGUUCACCAAGACCUGGAGGAUACAGAACACAGGCUCGGAGUCCUGGCCCCCCGGGGUGUGUCUGAAGUACGUGGGCGGGGACCAGUUUGGGCACGUGAGCAUGGUGAUGGUGCGGUCGUUGGAGCCGCAGGAGGUGGCGGACGUUAGCGUGCAGAUGCGCAGCCCGGCGGCGCCCGGCAUGUACCAGGGCCAGUGGAGGAUGUGCACAGCGACCGGCCUCUUCUACGGCGAUGUGAUCUGGGUGAUCCUGAGCGUGGAGGUGGGCGGGCUCCUGGGCGUGACACAGCAGCUGUCCUCCUUCCAGACGGAGUUCAGCACGCAGCCACACCGCAGCGUGGAGGGAGACUUCAACCCCUUCGCCUCGCCUCAGAAGAAUAGGCACCCCUCGGACGGGGGCCUGAAGGACCCGGGGGGCCCCUGGGAGGCUGCGCCCCCAGACCGAAUCCCGCAGGAUCAAAACGGACUGUCACACAGCGCUGUAAAUAUAGCAGCUAACGGCCUCCAAAACAACCUAUCAGUAGUGACGUACAGCCAGGGUAUACACGGACCCUACCCUUUUGGACAGUCUUAAAAGAGGGGGUUUGCCGUCACCAGGCAGUCGCCUUGGGGGUCACCCCAAAGAGGGGGCGAAGGGGGGGGAUCAGAGAUUUCAUACUGACAAUUGGAAGACUCCCUACACCCUCCUUCCUCCCCCAUCCCCAACCGGCAGUGACGGCGAAGACUCGGCUCUUUUAUUCCCUAUAAAUAAAUCAACCGACAUCCACAAGCACCCAAUGUACGCAUGUGUGAAUGCUAACUUAAAAAGAGUGAUAGAAGUCUUUUAAAAGAGAAGUCAAAUACACAACUUAUUUUUCUUUUUUUUUUGUUGUCACACAGUUAAGUAGACUGAUGAGCUGAAAGAGAGAGGGAGUGUUUGCUUGUUGCAUCUGUGGGUGUGUGAAUGGUGCGUUUGAGUGUGUCAGAGAACUAGCAGAGGUGAAAAGCCAUUUAAAAGUUAUUUUUGCCUGUUGAGCGAUUGGUAGUUUUUGAAUUGGUGUUGAAAUGUAUUCAAUUUUGUGUUUCUGUCCUUUCACAUUUUAACAAUAAUCUCACAGUGUAUACUGUUUGGGGUAUAUAUACUUAUGUGUAGUAGAGGUGGUUCUGUUCUGGAGCAAUGGUGUGAGUCCUGGGCCUUUUGGGCUGUAAUCUCUGCACCCCACCCCC